AUGGACCAGUACGCCAUAUAUCCCAGCCUCCGCGGCAAAGUGGUCCUGAUCACCGGCGCCGCAGAGGGCAUCGGCGCCGCGGCUGUGGAGCUCUUCUGCCGACAGGGCUCGCAGGUCGUCUUCCUGGACAUUGCGGACGACUCGGCGCGCGAGCUGGUGGACCGGCUGGCGUCGGUGUCUGGCGCCACGACGCCGACCUUUAUGCACUGCGACGUGACGGACCUCGAGGGGCUCGGCGAGUGCGCGCAGACGGCGCUCGCGCGGUUCGGCCGCGUCGACGUGCUCGUCAACAACGCCGGGUGCGCCGGGCCCGGGUCGCGCGUGCCCACGAGCCGGGUGACGCCGGCGUCGUUUGAGCGCGACGUCAACGUCAACCUGCGGCACCAGUUCUUCCUGACGCAGCACGUCGCGCCGGCCAUGCAGCGCCAGGGCGGCGGCAGCAUCAUCAACAUGGGCUCCAUCACCUGGCGCAUCCCCGCGACCGAGGUGCCCGUCUACACGACCUGCAAGGCCGCCGUCGUCGGCAUGACCCGGACGCACGCCCGCGAGUUUGGAGGCCACGGCGUCCGCGUCAACAGCAUCAUGCCGGGGUCCAUUGCUACGCGGCGCCAGAUCGACACCGUGCUCACCGACGAGUACAGGGCCGAGAGCCUGGCCGCACAGUGUCUGAAGCGCGUCCUGCUGCCCGUUGAGGUUGCUAGGCUGAUGCUGUUCCUGGCGUCGGAUGACUCGAGUGCCAUUACUGGUGGGAGCCACGUGUGCGACGGGGGGUGGGUUGGUGAUACUUGA